AUGCCAGAAGAUGAGUUUCAUGGCAAAGCAGACACACUACUGGAAACUUUGCACGAGAUGAUGGAUAUGAUUGUUGAAGAAGAGGACAUUCCUGACUCGGAUGUUGAGUUUGGGCAAGGAGUCCUCACUCUAAGAUUGGGGCCCUACGGAACCUACGUGUACAAUAAACAGACACCCAAUCGCCAGAUCUGGAUGUCCUCGCCAGUCAGUGGCCCUGUGCGAUAUGAUUUCGUGGAUGGGAAGUGGAUCUAUCGGCGAGAUGAACACGAGCUCAUGGACCGCCUCACAAGUGAGCUGAGCGAGCUCCUUGGGAAAGACGUUGGUAAUGCUUAG